AUGCCCGGAUCUAUAUUUCUUCCCCCAUCGGGCGGAAGUGUCGCCAAGCCUACUGCUACUUUCACUGGCGAGGUCUUUGUGGAUCUCGUUCACAAGGGAACCGACGCCGGAGUCGGCAAUGUUACUUUUACACCAUGUGCCAGAUCUCAUUGGCACACGCAUGAAGGAGGUCAAUUAAUCAAAGUCGUUUCUGGUUCUGGAUGGAUAUGCGACAAAGGAGGGGAAGCACGUCGAAUCAAGGCCGGCGACACGAUUUGGGCCGAGCCGGGCACUACACAUUGGCACGGAGCAGAUGAUGGCAGUAUCCUGACACACUUUGUCGUCGGCAUCGGAGCCACCACUUGGCUUGAACCUGUUACAGACGAGGAGUACCAUAAGAGGGAGAAGGAGUAG